ACGUCCCCACAUCGACAGUCCGUCACAGAAAGCGACAAGGGUCGGGUGGGUCGAACAGUGAGCCGAGGGCGAGUGACGAAGCCCUGAGGUUACGAGAUCAGAUCUGAUGCGGUCGUGAUACCUUCGGACAUUUUCAAUUUCCCAUCGAUCUCUUCACGAUAACUAGUCGCCGGUAGUGAAGCCGGUUGUUUAGUGCGAAUUCGCAGUACAAAAGAGACUUGUGAUAUUUUUCUAGAAUUUAAGUUCCGCACCGGAACACUGUAAUUUUUCGUAUAAAAAGUGUACAAUAUAAGCAAAGAUUUGGAAAAUAUGGAGAUCCUGCCGGUCACCAACCAGUUCAAUGUGGGAUUCAAUAGUGAAAAAGCAUGGAAUGGUCCGACGUGGAGGGAAGCGCCGGUACCGGUUCCGACGGAAGCGGCGCUGGCUCAAAGGCUGGAGAGAGAACUACGGGCCGCGAAAGGAGCCAGCGAACUAGCUACGGCUGAAGUCUUGGUCCCAGCAGAACUGCUCUCCAGGGCUUCAAGACAAACUUUAGCAUUGGCGGAAGGGGAGCCCUGCGGAUCCCGGGGCACGGCGCUCAUAAUCGACGUAGCGGGGAGAAGAUUAGCAGCUUUCAAAAUAGACCCCAACACGCUCACGACGCACGAGAUACACUUACAUCUGGAGCACGAUGCGACGAACUGGACCAGCCUGUUGCCGCAAUUCUUAAAAAAUUUAACCCGGAGCGGCACCAUUAUAAUCAGCCCCCAGUUCACGAUAGAAAAGAAGAAAUUGUUUCGCGGUCAAGCCGAGUGAACGGCUGUGACACGAGCGCGGAUGAGUGAGCCGACUGACUGCCCUCCUCGAUCUACGUAUCGUUAUUUUAAAAAUAUCAAUAUUAUUAUAUAUAUAUUAUAUUAAUUAUUAUAUAUUUUUAAUAAGAUAAAAAAGCACAGCGUGAUAUAAAAUGAUUAGUUAUAGAAUAAGCGCGCGGGAUUGCGCGGUUUUAGUUUGCGCCACACGACGCAUCGCCGAUAGGCUAGUGAUGUGACACGCGCUUUAUCGAUAAAGUGUCGCUGUUCUAUUAUGAUGUAUCGGCGAAGCGGUGAGUGGCGCGUGCGACGGCGCGCGGCGGCGAGCGUCGAUCUCGUUCCCUCUCCUCUACCCUUCACCCCCCUCUGCCCACCGUUACGCCCGUCUCCCCGCGCCGCCUGUACUUAUGUUAAUCAUUGUUUGUAUUUUAUUAUUGGAUAUUUUAAUGAUUGUGUCUUGGUGGUUGAUGUGUGAGUGGCGUGGCGGCGCCCGGUGCGUACCCCUGAUCUCAGUCGUCGCCGCGCGUGUGAUAAUGAUACCCUGAACGAUUUAGCCUUAGGUAUUAUUUUUUGUUUCGAGUUCAAUUCUAUUGUGAAGUUGUAGAAUUGUAUUUUCAUGUAUUGUAAUUGUAUUUAUUAGAGCGAUCUCUGGAGAGGUCGGAGAUAUGUGUACGUUUUUAAUUGUACUAAUUUGUACAUUUGUUUGUGAUAUUACGUUUACAAUGUGUAAAAUUAAAGAAAAAAAAAAUGAUAAAAAUAUAUGAAUGUAAGAACUUGAAUGAGAGAUGUAUCUUAGAAUGCCGUGAAGACGGCGGCAAUAAGUUCAGAGACUUCGCGGCCUCGGAGAAGAAAACGAUCUCAGGAUAUAUUAUGAUAUAGUUAUAAAAGUAUUAAGUUAUUUAAGUUAAUAUAAAUGUGUAAUUUUUUGUAAUAUUUGUUUUCUAUCUUUGCGCAAAACUGCGUAUUGCGUGGUCCAGUGGAAGAGCGAAGACUUGUACUAACAGUACAUAUAUUGACGAGUCAUGUUGCGAUCAAUGCAUUUUCUUUGUCCAGUGUAUUACUACCUUAAUGUAAAUCAAUAGACUAACAGUUUUUAAAUGAAAUCUAAAUGUCUGUAGGGUCCAGUGUUUUAACGCACAAUAUCAUAGAACUAGAAUUCACUUUCAUCAGAAAAUUUUAAAUGCUACAAAAACAUUUUACUUCUAACUUAAAAAUGUCAAAAUUUACAAGAUUAACAAUAAUAAUAAAUGUAUCAAUUGUUUAUGAUUGAUAUUUAUUUGAUAGAAAUUAAAAAAGAAAAUGUAGAAAUUAUUGAAAAAAAAUGAAAUACAUAGUUUCAUUAACGGA